AUGCCGCACAGCUUUUCUUUUCUUUUUCCUCUUUCCUAGCGCCGGCCGCCAGCCCAGAGCAUGGUAGAGAAACCACGGAAGUAGUUUUUAUGGAUUGAAAGGAGGCUCUGAGAGAGAAACGAGCAGGCCUCUGGUUUUCGGGUUUCAGUUGAGUUGAUGAAGAGAGAGACGAACAGAGAAGCCUCUCAUUUCAUGUACCUGAGAGAAGCAGAAUAAACGAAGUAAGAUUAAAAAACUGAGUAUCGAAGAAGACAAACAUUGCUAAGCAGACGUAUGCGACCGUGGGAGCUUUUAAAGUUUUGAUUUUGAGCAAAGCAGACAAAAAUUAGAGGGGAAAGCUGAGGAUUUUGGGGAGUUUUUUGAACCCAAAUAGAGGAAUAAGAUAUGAUGACAAAAGUGGCAGUGACAAGCAGAGCCACUGACAAGGGAGCCUGUCAAUCCCUAUUGAUCUAGUUUCAGAGCAAUCACACAUUAACAAAUGACCAUAAAGAGAGUUCGAUUUGGUACUUUCUAUCCUCUAAUGGCUCUGGCGAGGGUAUGUUCUUCUUCGCGGAAGUCUUCUUAUGCAAUCAAAGUCCUCAAUCUGUCACUUAGACAUCUCAGCACAAUUGCUGCCGUUCAAAGAUCGGAUUCCCAAAAUACCGAUUCUCAUCACCUAGACAAUUUGUCAGAUGACCCCAAUAUUCCUACUCCAGGGUUUAGCACUUACACGGGGUUUGAGCACAGACCAAACACUCAUGAGCCUUCUGGGGUAAAUCCUGGGAAUUAUUAUUUUAUGAAGAACUCAGUUUUCGAUGAAACAAAUAGGAAAUUUAGCAGUUUUCAGUAUCAAAAUCCAAGUGGUAUUUGUGGCGGCAGUUUUGCAAGUGAAAGUCACCACAGUGCUACAGUUGGGCAAAAUGGUAACUUUAGUGGGCAUUAUGAUGCCCAGUAUAAUCAUAAUAACGGGGUUCCUUUUGAGGAAAAUAAAAAUGAAAUUCAUCAGAAUUGUACAGGGGUUUAUAAAGAAAAUAUAAGAAACAAUUUUCAGAGCAAUCCCGUUGUGCAAUACCAAAUAUCAACUAACCCUCAAGCCGAAGCUGAGGGGAACUUCGAGGCUAAGACUUCUGAAAUAGAAUACAGUGGUGGAAUUGAGGAGCUGGAUGAAUUUAUAAAAGAAGGGAAAGUCAAGGAAGCUGUGAAACUUUUGGCAUUGCUAGAAAAUAAGGGGGAUGUUGUUGAAUCGGUCAAAUUUUUAUCCUUAAUUAAUGCAUGUGCAGAAGCAGAAGCUUUACAAGAAGCAAGAGCUGUUCAUGAACAUGUUAUGAGAUCACUGUCCCCUUUGAAAGUCAGCAUCUAUAACAAGAUUUUGGAGAUGUAUUUGAAAUGCGGUUCUUCUGAUGAUGCAUUUUGUGUUUUUGAUAAAAUGCCUGAACGCAAUUUAACAACUUGGGACACAAUGAUACAGGGGCUUGCUAAAAAUGGCCUUGGAGAGGAUGCCAUUGAUAUCUUCCUUCGGUUUAAGAAAGCAGGACUAAAACCUGAUGGACAAAUGUUUAUUGGUGUGUUCUCUGCCUGCACUGUCUUGGGUGAUAUUGACGAAGGUUUUUUACAUUUUGAGUCAAUGUGUAAAGAUUAUGAUCUUGUCCCAGCCAUGGAGCACUAUGUGAGUCUUGUUCACAUGCUUGGAAGUACAGGUCAUCUUGAUGAAGCAUUUGAUUUUAUAGAAAAGAUGCCUGUAGAGCCAACUGUUGAUGUUUGGGAGGCCUUGAUGACUCUCUGUAGAGUUCAUGGGAACUUGGAUCUUGGGGAUCGAUGUGCAGAGCUUGUUGGACAGUUAGAUCCCUCCCACUUGAAUGAACAAGCAAAGGCAGGUAUUGUACCAGUAAAAGCUUCAGACCUUGCAAAGGAGGAAAGGAAGAAGAAGCUGGCGAGCCAAAAUCCUCUAGAAAUUAGGAGCAGGGUCCAUGAAUAUCGAGCAGGAGAUACAUCCCAUCCUGACAAUGAUCGGAUCUACGCAUUACUCAGGGGUUUAAGAGAACAAAUGAAAGAAGAAGGUUAUAUUCCAGAGACGAGAUUUGUGUUGCAUGACAUAGACCAGGAAAGCAAGGAAGAAGCUCUUCUUGCUCAUAGUGAGAGACUUGCUUCUGCUCAAGGUUUCUUGACCUCUCCAGCGCGUUCACCCAUUCGUGUGAUUAAGAAUCUUCGUGUUUGUGGUGAUUGCCAUAAUGCCUUGAAGAUCAUUUCAAAAAUUGUUGGUAGAGAAUUGAUAAUGCGAGAUGCCAAGAGAUUCCACCAUUUCAAAAAUGGUGUGUGUUCAUGUCGAGAUUAUUGGUGAUCAGGAUGGAUUUAAUCAGGAGAGAACAAUUUGAAGUCUCGAGUUAUUCAAUUUUCUGCGACAUAGCGCGAGCAUUCCGAGCUUGUUGACUUGAUGUUGAGGAUGUUAUUUUUUUGAAGGUUCAUUCAUAUGGCAAUAAGAAAGAAAAGAGAGAUGCGGUAUUGUUUUUUUAGUUAUUUAUAGGAUAGUGGAACAAUCGGAUGACUUUUCUUCCAUAGAAAAGGAUUAAGGUGUUGUUUGAUGAAGAAACAAUCGAAUUCUUGUAAUCUUCUUUUAUUGUUAUUUUUAUUUUUCGUGUUUUUUCUUUCAACAUAUUUUUAAACACCCAUAUCUCCAUUUGAUUUGCAAA